AAAGCAUUCACUUCAUUAUAAGCCACAAAAGCUAGUUAAUAGUCAACUUAUCUGUCUKUGAAGCAAAUAAGACCUUGUUUGGUUUGUUUUUAAUUAUUCUGAUAAGUCUCUUUCGGUGUGAAAUGUGUGUUUAGUAUGGUUUUCGUCGUUAGAGAGCAACAAAACGUCGCUCAAAGAGAUCACGGUCAAUUAAUCCGUUGUCAAAACUCCUGCUCAUAUGCUUGACUGGUCGGUUUUUGUCGUACUUUCAUGUCUUUUCUUCUAAGCGCUCGUGGUUGAGUUCAAAUGGUUUGAAAAACAAGCUGCCAACUAUCAUUUUGAAUUCCUCGUUUCAAAAUGUCUUCUCGUAAGAAGCAUGACGAUCCGAGAGCUACAGCACUUAAAGAAACCCUUAGGGACACAAAACAUAAAUUUAAUAAGUUGUGUGAUUUACUGGAAAGGGUUAUAGACUUCAACCACAGUCCAACAAGCGAAUCAGCAAAAAGAAAACUAGACCUGGAAAUCGAAAAGAUAAAAAAGUUAGCAGAUGAAUGUCAGUCAGAGGCAUCCGACCAAACACCAUUACCAGUUGAAGGUGACAACAGCGACAUGGCUGAAUACGUUCAGCAAGUCAAUCUUAUCCUUGAGAGCAUCAAUUCAAUGAAAGAAGAUCUCGUGUCGUGCUUAAAGGAAAAGUCAGAAGCUGAAGAAAACAUUUCAAAAGAAAAUUUCAAACUUCGACUUGAUCUUCAAAAGGAACAAGCGGAAUCCAUGCAUCAGAGACAGAACCAUGAUUACGCAGUAACGGAAAAGAAUACAGUUCUAGCGACAUGUCGUAAACUGGAGGAACAACUCGAAGAAAGAUCCAGACAAAUACAACAGCUACAACGAGAGGGGACUGUGAGUUUAUGGCAACGAGAAAAAGCUAAAUUAGUGAAAGAUAUCAAUUCAAACGAGGAACAAUUAGAGAAAGAAUUGAAAGAUGUCAAAGAACAGAAUGAAGACAUAAAAACAAGACUGAAUAGACGAAUACAGGAAUUGUCGGAACAAGUCAAGUUCUUAAAGAUGGAACGAGACGUUAAAAAUGGCGCUGUUAGGUUACAUGGUACAGGUGGGAAUGCUUCACAAAGCGAACUCGAGAAGAUGCGGCAACAAGUAUUCAUGAAAGACAGAUAUCUACUCGUUGCUGAAGGAGAACUUCAAAAACAGCAAAAAUAUUUCAUUGGUUUUAUUGGAGGAAUAAGCAGAGAUUUUAGAAUUUUGCUGGAACGGAGAAAUUUGACGGUCAAAGACUACAGCAAAGAUGAAAAAGCUUAUGCUUCUAUGUURAACAAGAUGUAUGCUGCAGUUAGGGAAGGCAAACUUACAGAAUUUAGAGCAACUCUACCCUCUCACUAUUUAGGAAUCAAUGUCGAUCUCACGGGACAUCCUCUGGGAAAGAAGCUUUCAAGGCCUUUCGUUGACCUCGAAAAGCAUCUAGAGGAAGUARAAAAUACUGACUUGAGAGUUGAUGUGAAUCAUCCAUUACUAAUGGGUUGGAGGGAAGGAAAGGAUGGCACAUCUUCGACAUUAAUUGGCAGCAAACCGAAAUCUAAAUCGGCACAAGUAUCUGGAGUCCAUCCACAACUGGUAGAUAUGAAACAAAACAAACCACUYACCAAAGAAGCUUUGGAACACUUUCCUGAAUGGACAGCAAAAGAGAUUGAAGACCUUUAUACACAAUUCAAAGCUUUUGAUGCCAACGAUGAUUUUCAUCUUGACACACAAGAGCUUCUUCGUGCUAUACCAGAUACUCUAGGAAGAAUGGCAACGACAGAAGAAAUCAAGGAAGCCAUGAUGGAAGUUGAUAUCGAUUCUUCAGGAACUGUGGAUUUUUAUGAAUUUCUUUGCGUCGCCAGACUAAUUUCACAAGGAAAAGGAGAGGCUAAAUUGUUCAAAAAGAAGACGCUGAAAGCUUUGCAGAAGCCAAUAACUAACGGAGACAAAGCACAAGGAUCUAAACUCUGCAUUCUUCAGUAACUCAUCCAUGUGAAUAUUACUUAUACAGCAUUUUGGUGCUCUAGCUGUUGAAUCUUUAUCCUAAAAUACACUCUCAAGAAGCACGACAAGCGAGAAAAGAUGCCGAAAAACGGAUACUGUGGAAACAUUUCGCAAGUUCUUAUCGACUUCAAGAACAUGAACAAGAACAAGAAAACUAAGUAAUUUAURGCUGACUUUGCAUGCAAACAAACACUCGAAGCAUGCUUUUCAGUUGYUUUAUAAUUUAUGGUUAAUAUUUAUUUGUAAAUCUAUUUUUCAAAUACAUCUUUAAAAUAUUGUACAUAAAUGUUAUUAAAUYAAGAAAUUAAUAAACUGAACAUUUCAAAAUUAACAGAGUAUUG